AUGGCUACCUACAUGUACACCUCCCCUACCGGCAGCAAUUGGGAUGACGAUGACGACGACUUCAGCUCCGACGUCUACAAGACCGCUACCGAGUUCUCAGCAUCAGCGCCCACCAUCGGCAACCUCGGUCCGCUGCAGCGAAAGCCCGCCGUUGAGGACGAGUCCGAGGUCAAGCAGUUCACUGCGCCAGCCUCAGGCAAGUUCGAUGUUGACUACGACGUCGAUCCCGAUUGUUUGCCAACUUAUGCGGGGAAAAUAGCUGAGUUCUGGUUACUCGACGACCACCGCCGCCCGGCCUACGUCGAGUUAAGCCAUGGGAACGGCUACGCCUAUCCUCAUCAGCGCACCAACUAUUGCAGGAAUUGGCUCGCAACUAAACUUCGAAUGAGGAUUAAUAUGGACUUUCCGAUGAUGAAUCCAUCCCCCCUUAAUCUGUCAAUGACCUGGGACGAAGAUGGCGAGGGCGAGUAUAUCAAGGAAGGCGGGUUCUUGUUCCCCUCAAUCCAGUCACCAACGCUAUCGUACGAUAGCCACUCGGAAGAGGAGCAGGAUGAGGCGUGCACUCCGCCUGGCUCCCGACCUACAAUCAUCGUCGCUGACUGUAAGGAUGAGGUUGAAGAAUACGAUCCAGUCACCGGUGCGAUUGAUCUACCCGUCCACGGCGUGGAGGCCAUGAAAAUCGCUCUGUCGUGCGAGUUUGUCAACUCCAGCCACAUCUCAGAUGACCUCGAUAUUGAAGAUAUCCUUGGUGAUGCCGCGCGCAACAUGUUGCACAGCAGCAUCAACGAGCCCUGCUGGCAUACUCACUUGUCCUCAUCUGACGAGCCUGACGCCGGGCUGCUUCCCAACGCUCUUGAGUCAUAUGCACCACCUGGCUCACCUUCUCACGGCAACGUUGAUGAAAAAGUACGCGACCUCUCUACUGGAGCCACUCACACCACCGUACCCGGCGAAAAAUAUCUGAUCGACGACGAAGUUGCCGACUACAAUGAGCCUCAGACACACAACGAUAACUGUAUGUCUGCGCCUGGAGACUCCAUACCUCUCAUCAAGACUACGCUGGUCGCACCCAACGGCUCGUCACCAGACCUCAAGUACAUUCGCAACCCUACGAAUACUUCACUAGUUUGGAACACAGUCGCCGCAGGCUGGUUCACUCUCUCGUCUGUACCGUGGGCCCGCAUUGCUGUCGCUGCUGCAGGCGCCCUAGUCGACGUAACUACGUUUGUGGCUCGGUGCUAG